GAUUGACUGCUUGACCGUGUGCAGGUAGUAGUAAAGUUGGUAGCGAGUAAGUAGUGGCACGACGGCGAUGGGCACGGGCAGCAGGCACCUUAAGAUCGUAGUCAACGCAGUAGAAAACUCCCGUUAGCCUGCAGCCUGCACUCGCUCUUUUAUCGCGCGAAACCAACCCAUGUUGCUUGACAAAACAUCAACAUCAUACAAGCGCGGGAUCUAAUGUUAGCAAUGACGAAGUGAUUUUCUCGUGUUGCGCGACGACAUCGGUGCUUCGCUCUCUAAGGAAACAACAGCGGUUUGCAUACAAUACGAGACGCAAUUACACAUUCAUGUGGUCGAUGCUUAGCAGCCGAGAACGGGUUUGCUGAGUUGUGUAGAAUGGAUCAAUGUCUUGAUCAAUAUGAAGAGCAAUUGUUCAAAGUGUUCAGCAGCCACGACAGUGAUAACGAUGGCUCGUUGGAUCACCCCGGCCUCUUGCAACUCUGCGAAACCCUCCAACUUCAGGAUAAAAGCGACGAUCUAAUCACAUCCUUGUUACGCAACCAUCAUCGCAGUAAAGCGACUUUUCCACAAUUCAAAGAUGCGCUGUUACAAUUAUUAGGAAACAUGCAGAAUACAUCAGCGAAAGAUCAGAAUCACAAUCGUGAGAAGGAUAAAGAUCGAGACAUUUGCAAUGCUAUAGAGAAAGAAAGCCCUGAUAAAGAGCGCGAAGUAGCUCCGAAAUACGUGGUAGGAUCCAAAAAGUACGGAAGGAGAAGCCGCCCACGUAUUGAUGAAUCUCCCAUUGGUAUUAAUAGUCUACACACCUCGAAUGGCAUCCAACGAUCUAAUUCAACGGCGGAUCAUGUAAGGCCCCAAGUGAAACCAAGCAGAUUGCAGCGAUGCACUUCUGUACCGAGUGUGACUUCAUAUGAUGAAACCAGUUUUAUUUCAAACAUUUCAACGUCGAGUAUGACCGAUGGCUGUACGGAGGAAAUGCUCCGAGAAGCCUGGAGAAAAUUAGGUGUUGGUGAAGAUGGAUACUUGAAUCAAAAAGAGUUGAUUCUUGUAUUUGAAGCGAUAGGUUUAGAUAAUUUGACUGAUAAUGUAAUCCGCCAUCUCUCCCAUAACUCGGGAUUGGAUUUCAAUAAACGAAUAAGUUUUGAAGAGUUAUUGGAAGCUUUACAAAAGGAUGAUACGUGGAGCCAUUUCUUAGGAGGCGUUGGAAGUCCAUCAAUAAUUGAACAUGAUAGAAAUGUGAGUAGAGGUAGGAGGCAGUCGACUUUUAUCUUGGAGGAUUCCACAGAGCAACUUGAGAAUGAGAAAUUAGUUAACAUUAAGUUGGGGCCUGAUGGUUCUGGAUAUGUCACUCUUGAUGUGAUAACAGAAAUGUGGGAAUCGGCAGGUAUUUCAUCUCCUAAGUUAUUAUUAAAAGAUUUAGGCUUCAAUUCCAAUGUGAGCAUUGAUGUCUCCGAACUAGCUACAAUAUUACAGAAAGAAAUCAAAAGUUUAUCAGAGUUGCGAAUUGAUCAUACAUGCAAUCCAUUGAUUGCUUUACUACAAGCUUUUAUUACAAUUUACCAAGCCGAAAUUAAAUGUUUAAAAUCAAUUCUUCAACAAGUAUGUGAAGAGAAAGAAAAACUAAAGUUUGAUAUCUCUGAAGCUAACAAUAGGUCGACACUGCUCGCGCAAGAAGUGGAUGAGAAUGUUUUAAAAAUGGAACUGAAUACUGAAAAUAAAGUCAAACAAUUAGAGUCAAAACAUUCUGAAGUGUUGCGGGAAUUGUCUGAUCAGUUUUCUAAUGAAAAGGAGCAAAUGUUGUUGAGUAAUCAAGACUUGGAGGAGAAAAUAAAGACUUUAGAGAGCGAAGAGUUAAUGCUAAGAGAUAAUCUGCAAAGUGUACAGAAUUAUUUAGGAGUUGUUGAGGGUGAAAACAAGGAAUUGGCCAGUAAAGUGUUUGAGUUAGAAGGGGUGAAGUUGAAUCUUGAGCAACAAAUUGAUGAAUUAGAGUUGGAGAAAUUAAAAGUGUUGGAGGUUGAGACAAUUAGAAGUGAAGAACUGCUUGAUGAGAUUGGCGUACUGAAAAGGGAGAAUUGUGAGCUGAAGGAUCAGAAUGAUGAGAUGAUUUGUCAGAUUGAAGAGUUAAAUAAAGAGAUUGCAAUGGGCAAGAUAAAACCAAAGAUUCAAAGUUGUGAUGAGGCGAUCUACUUGGAUGGCAUUGGAUUGGGAGCGAAGAGAAGAAACGGAGAAGUUACGAAUGAGGAAUUACAUUUUGAAUGUGCCAUUACUGGAAGUCCGCGACUGGGAAAAAUGCGAAAAUUUCACGAAUCCAAAGAAGCGACCGCUCUGGACACAUCUUUUCUGUCCGUUAACGUCGAGAGCGAUGUGGACGAAGAGGACGGCACGCUGACAUCGUCUCUGAGAAACAAAAUGUCGCUGGUUGACCGACUGCUACGAAAAUACGCCAUUAAACUGGAUUGCAAUGAGAAUUCAGAGGAAAACUACACGAGAAUGUUGGAGCAGGUGGUCGACCAUCUUCUCAGCGCAAUGCAUGACGAAGACGCGGUCGAAUUUCGCGCAGCACUGACGAUUGAUCCGAUCGAACGAACGAAUUUCAUUAUUCCCCGAGCAAUUGGGGUUGAUGACCUAUCGAUAGACCAAAAAUCACCCACUAGGCCAAUGAAGCCUACUGAACACAACGAAACUAAACCUACAAACGAAAACGACCAACUUCUUCAAGACUACAAAACUAGAAUAACUGUUCUCGAAGGAGAGAAUAAAACAUUGCAGGAAAAAUGCGAUGGGUUGCAGCAAGGGUUGAAUCUGCUUAAUGAAGAAUAUGAGAUGUGCGAGGAUUACUGGCAGAAGAAACUUGAGGAAGAGCGCGGAAUCUAUGAACUUGAACAACUUCAAAGUAGUGAGAAACUUAAUGAAGUUGUAUGUAAACUAACAGAAUAUGAAGAACAAUGUUUAGAAGAUAGUAAACGCUUGACAACUAUCAAUGAAACACAGAUUGAGAAACAGUAUACUGAUUUAGAAGCAGAAUAUGAGGAGUAUAAAGUUCGUGCGCAAAUGGAUCUAGAAGAACAAGAAUCUCUGAAUAUGGCCCUGAAAGAUCAACUUGAAUUGAGUUUAAAAUCCCAAAAAAAUUAUUUUGAGAAUACAAAAGAAGUGGCUACCCAAGUGGAUGAUUUGAGAUUUAUGAAUUUGGCGUAUACAAAAGUCCACUUUGAUUGUUACAUUCCUCCACCUCCACAAAAGGAGAGUGAGGAGCAUGAAGAUUCUGGAGUUGGAGGAGUCGCAUGGCCUAAGAUUAAUAAUGCGCUUGGGAACAUGGGGAACAUAUCAGCUUUCGUACCUACACCUACCUCAUCCAUUCCAGCGGUGAAAGUGGACAAAACCGUGAUGCCUUUGAAGACGAAAAAGAAUCGACGACACGUGAGGAGUCUCACACAACCGGCGAGGAAUCUGAAGCGGUGCACAUCGAGCGACAGCAGUGACAACAAUGGCUCUUAUAAUAACGAAUCAUCUAACAAGAUGGCGGCGAUAACUACGCGACAGAAUGAAGUACAAAUUUUAAUGGAACAACGAGGACAUCUCGAGAAGAGGUGUAUGGAACUGCAGUCCGAAUUGAAGUCACAUAAGCGACUGUGUGAACAACUCAGGCAAUCAUGUUCUGGUUAUUACCACUCCCUGCAACACGCGUACACAAAAUUGGAUCAACAGUUUCGCCUCGGCACCAAAUUGCAUGAAAAACUUGCGGAUAACGAUGUAUUGGUGGGUAAUUUAUACAUUGAAAACGCGUACCUUAUUAAAAACAACCAAAGACUCGAGCAGCAACUGCAGAUGCUUUCUGGGCAUCAAGAGAACUUUUAAACCACGCCCCACGAACUAAUCUUUGAGGGCGGGGCCAAUGGCCUAGAAAUAAAUCUAACCUAUACGAAACCAGUCAAUAAAGUGCCUUUUAAUUUUGUUUGUUGUUUUCCCAGAGCUUUCACAUACGUCAGAUUACUCUAAAAACAUUUUUAGAUGCUGAAACAACGUUUUAGAGGGUAUGAAAUGUGAAGUGUCUAUAAAUUACAUGCACAUGUGAUUUAGGGAAUAUAUUUAUUAAUAAUUAGGUUGUUUCGAUUUUACUGAUUAUAAUAACUCCCGUUAUUUGCUAUACUUAUUUAUUUGCUUUAGAAAUGCUAGCGAGAAAUUAUUAAAAGACAACAUAUUUAAAGAUAUCAGUAACUUAUAAAACAUUAAAAUGGAUCUAUAUAUUGAAUUAAGUCUAAACUAUAUUGAUUAAUUACAAAUUAACGAAGUAUUGUAACAAAUGUACAUUUGAUUUAUUAUUUAUAUGAUUUAUUUAUAAGCAUUAACGUUAAGAACUUGACUGCAAAGGGCAGUUAUUUAGUUAAUAUCUGAUCCAACGAAUAUUUAUGUUGAUUUAGUUGUAAUUGUAUAUCAUACAAAUGGUAACCAAAAAUAUUGCAGAGAUAUUUAUACUUUAUACACUUCAAAGAUAUAUAUGUAUUGACACUAACAUCACAAUCAACAUUAUGAAAUUUUAAAAUGUGUAUUUAUAGGAACGUUCACACGUUUCCGUCUUUAUUUUUUGUGAUUUGUGAUGUUAGAGAGGAAGGUAAAACUGUGGGUGGUGCAUAUUUUAUUAUAUCAUGUGUGCGCCUCUUUUGUCAAGUAUUGUGCACCGCACGUAUUUUUGCAUGUUACAUGUUGAGUAAUUGAUACGAUAAUGAUACGAAAUUGAUAUCAAUUUGGAGAUUAUAUUAUACGAGCACAAAAUAAACAUAACAAUAAUGAUUGUGCAGCAUUUGCAAAUGAACUAUAAAUAUUGUAAACUAUCAGUGAUGUCAACGGAAAUUUAUAUCGUAUUACAAGAAUUGUUGUAUUGAAUGUUAAUCUAUGAUCGGAAUCAAGUGAAAACCUUAUAAAUUUGCUUGCAUUAAAUGAACUUUACAUUAAAUAAAGCAGGGCACUCAGAA